GGAAGGCGUUCGGAGCACAGCUUCAUCUAUAGCCACUGCGGUCUGUGGAGCUGAGAAGAGUUUAUCACUUCACGUUGCUUUUUUGUUAUUGUACACUUUUUAUCGAUUAAGGAAGGGUUGUUAUAUGCAUAUAUAGCUUACUUAAUAGCAAAAAGAUAUAGUAAAAAUCAUGGCGGAUGAUGCAGACCUAAAGUUUCUUAUGGUGGAUCGAAGACAAGUUUCUGAUCCAGUCGCUCAUGCAUCAUGGGCAUCUAAAAAGUUGGUAUGGGUACCAAGCGAGGAACAUGGAUUUGUAUCAGCUAGUGUUAAAGAAGAAAAGGGGGAUAAAAUUAUUGCCGAAAUUGAUGGUGGCAAAAAGGUCACAUUCCAUAAAGAUGACAUACAAAGAAUGAAUCCUCCAAAAUUUGACAAAGUUGAAGAUAUGGCAGAUUUAACUUGUUUAAACGAAGCCAGUGUUUUACAUAACCUAAAAGAUCGUUAUUUUUCUGAUUUGAUUUAUACAUAUUCAGGAUUGUUUUGUGUUGUUGUAAAUCCAUACAAGCGCUUACCUAUCUACACUGAAAAAGUUGUGGCCUUGUAUAAGGGGAAGAAAAGACAUGAAGUUCCACCUCAUGUUUAUUCGAUUGCAGAUACUGCCUUCCGAAGCAUGUUGCAAGACCGUGAUAAUCAAUCUAUUCUUUGCACUGGUGAAUCUGGUGCAGGAAAGACAGAAAACACAAAAAAAGUUAUUCAGUACUUGACAGCUGUUGCUGGUCGUCAUCAAAAGGCAGAUGAAAAAACACAGGGAAAACUUGAAGUUCAAUUGCUGCAAGCUAAUCCUAUAUUAGAAGCAUUUGGUAAUGCAAAAACAGUGAAAAAUGACAACUCCUCACGAUUUGGUAAAUUUAUUCGCAUCAACUUUGACAAUUCUGGUUUUAUCUGUGGUGCUAACAUUGAAUCAUACCUGUUGGAAAAGGCUCGUAUUGUUAGACAAGCCCCUGAUGAGCGCAUCUUCCAUGUUUUCUAUCAGUUAUUGCUUGGUGCGAGCCCAGAAGUUAAAAAACAAUUCUUACUCCUUGACGCCAAGGGCUAUAACUUCAUUUCAAAUGGACAUAUUACAUUGCCAAAUAUGGAUGACCGUGUUGAAUUCAAAGCAACUCUUGAAGCUAUGCGAGAUAUGGGUAUUUCCCAAGAGGAGUUGGACCCAAUUUUUAAGGUCAUCUCUGCUGUUUUGCUUUUUGGUAAUAUGGAGUUCAAGCAGGAACGUAAAUCAGAUCAAGCUACUCUUCCAGACAAUACCAUUGCUCAAAAGGUAUGUCAUUUACUUGGUAUGCCUGUCACUGAUUUUACCAAGGCAUUGUUGAAACCAAGAGUCAAAGUAGGAAGAGAAUAUACUCAGAAGGCACAGACAAAAGCUCAAGUAGAAUUUGCUAUUGAAGCACUUGCCAAGACAUUAUACGAACGCAUGUUUAAAUGGUUGGUAGGACGCAUCAACAAAAGUUUAAACAAAGGUAAACGUGAUGGUAAUUCUUUCAUUGGUAUCUUGGACAUUGCUGGUUUUGAGAUCUUUCAGUUGAAUUCCUUUGAGCAACUGUGUAUUAAUUACACCAAUGAAAAGCUGCAACAACUCUUCAACCACACCAUGUUUGUGCUUGAGCAAGAAGAAUAUCAAAAGGAAGGAAUUGACUGGAAAUUCAUUGAUUUUGGUCUUGAUCUUCAACCCACUAUAGAUCUUAUUGAAAAACCAAUGGGUGUCCUUGCUCUUCUUGAUGAAGAAUGUUGGUUCCCAAAAGCCACGGACAAAAGUUUUGUUGAAAAGUUGCACAAACAACAGACCAAACACCCUAAAUAUUUAAAACCAGAUUUCAGAUCCAACUCUGACUUUUGUGUUAUCCAUUAUGCUGGCCGUGUUGAUUAUUCUGCAGCACAGUGGCUGACAAAGAACAUGGAUCCAUUAAAUGAUAAUAUUAUUGGUUUGAUGUCCAGCUCAAGUGAAGGUUUCAUUUCCACUUUGUGGAAGGAUGUGGAAAACAUUGUUAGUAUGAGUGUUACUGAAGGAAUGGACACAACAUUUGGUGCCUCAAGGACAAGAAAGGGAAUGUUUAGAACUGUGUCACAAUUGUACAAGGAACAACUUUCUGGCCUGAUGACAACAUUAAAUAGCACAAAACCAAACUUUGUUAGAUGUAUCAUUCCUAACUAUGAGAAGAAAGCUGGCAAGAUAAACAACCAUUUAGUUCUUGAUCAACUGCGUUGCAAUGGUGUACUGGAGGGUAUUAGGAUUUGUCGUCAAGGUUUCCCCAACAGAAUCCUGUUCCAGGAGUUCCGUCAGCGCUAUGAAAUAUUAUGCCCUGGUGUUGUGCCAAAAGGUUUCAUGGAUGGAAGAAAAGCCGCAAAACAAAUGAUUGAUUGCUUGGAAAUGGACCCUAACUUGUAUAGAAUUGGUCAGUCUAAGAUCUUCUUCAGGGCUGGUGUGUUGGCUCACUUGGAAGAAGAGCGGGAUGUGAAAUUAACAGAAAUUAUUGUGCAAUUUCAAGCAUUCUGCAGAGGAAACAUUGCCCGCCGCAAUUAUAAAAGGAGAAUCCAACAAUUGUCUGCAAUUCGGGUCAUCCAAAGAAAUGGUCGCAGCUGGUUGAAAUUGAGAAAUUGGCAAUGGUGGCGAUUGUUUACAAAAGUCAAACCAUUGUUGAAUGUCACAAGACAGGAGGAUGAGCUUCGAAGCAAAGAAGAAGACCAUAAGAAGCUAGUUGAUAAAUUUGACAAGAUAGAAGCUGCUCAUACAGAACUUGCAAAAUCUCAUGAAAAACUCACGGAAGAGAAGAACACGUUAGCAGAGCAGUUGCAAGCUGAAAUAGAGCUGUGUCAAGAAGCGGAAGAGGCGAGAAACAGACUUCUUACACGUAAACAGGAGCUAGAAGACAUUAUUCAAGACUUUGAAACGAAGCUGGGAGAUGAAGAAGUAAAAAAUGCAAAAUAUGUUGAGGAGAAAAAGAAAUUACAACAAGGAAUACAGGAUCUUGAGGAAAGCCUUGAAGAAGAAGAAGCACAACGACAAAAGUUGCAGUUAGAAAAGGUGCAAGUUGAUGCUAAGCUGAAACAACUUGAAGACGAGAAAGCACUAGUUGAAGAUUCAGCUUCCAAGUUGACCUUCGAGAAAAAACAAUUAGAAGAACGUGUACAAGAGUUUACAACGAAAUUAACCCAAGAAGAAGAAAAGGCAAAACAACUUGCCAAAGCUAAGGCCAAACAAGAAGCCUUCAUUGCAGAAUUAGAAGAAGAAAUUUCUAAAGGUGACAAGAGUUCUCAUGAACUUCAAAAAGAAAAACGUAAGGUCGAUCAAGAGUUAAGUGAUCUGAAGAAUCAACUGGAGGAAGCAAGACAGCGCAUUGCAGAGUUGGAAGAUGAUUUGGCUCGACGUGAGAAGGAACUUGUUGCAGCAACUCAGCGGGGCGACGAAGAAGCAGCCAAACUUGCCCAGUCUGAAAAACAAAGACGCGAGUUACAACAGCAGCUAGAUGAACUUAAAGAAGAUUUAGAAUCUGAGAAAGCUACUAAAGAUAAAACCGAAAAAGCUAAACGUGAACUUGAGCGUGAUUUGGAAGAGUUAAGAUCUGAGCUUGAAGUGACAACUGAUGCAACAGUUGUGCAGAAGGAGCUCCAGCGAAAGCGUGACGAAGACUUGUCAGAAUUGAAGAAACAGGUCGAAGAUGAGGCACGCGAGCAUGAAGCACAGAUGGGAAGCCUGCGAGCUAAACACAAUCAACUUGCUGAAGAACUGAACAAUCAAUUAGAUCAAUUUAAACGCAACAAGUCUUCACUUGAGAAAAAUAAAGCUGCAUUGGAGAAUGAAAAUGCUGAGAUAGCUGCUGACUUGCAACGUGUCAGCCAAUUGAAAGCCGAAGUUGAACGCAAAGCCAAGAACUUCGAAACCCAAUUGAGCGAAGCAAACGCUGUCCGUCAUAGUCAAGAAGAAAGUAUUGCCAAGAUGGAAGGAACGUGCACUAAGUUGCAACGUGAAUGCGAUACAUUAAACUCCCAAUUAGAAGAUAUCGAAACUAAAGCUGCAAAUCUUGAGCGUGCCAAACAACAAGCCGAUGCACAAAUUGAUGACGUCCAAGAUCAAUUACAAGAAGAAACUCGUCAAAAGCUCUCCUUUCAAACGAAAUUACGAGAAGCCAACGAAGAGGCUAAUCGAUUGCAAGAACAACUUGAAGAAGAAGAGGACGAGAAAAAAGCUGUCCAGAAAGUACUGUCGCAGUGCCAGAUACAGGUAGACGCUGCGAAGAAAGAAAUUGAAAUUACUAAAGGACAACUUGAAGAAGCUGAAUCAGCAAAGCAAAAACAGAAACGUGAAAACGAAGAACUUCGUGCCGAGGUCGAGAAACUUCAAGCCGAUGUAUCACGAUUGGACAAAAAUAAGAAGAAGUUGCAGGGUGAGCUUGAUGACGUCACCGUUUCAAUGGAACGGGAACGAAACAACGCUGUCUCGAUGGGUCAAAAACAGAAAAAAUUCGAUCAACAGUUGGCUGAAGAGAAGGCAAACCUUCAAGCCAUGUCCAACGAGCGAGACAACGCCGAAAGACUUGCUCGACAAAACGAAACCAAAGCAUUGUCGUUGCAAAAUGCCAACGAAGAACUGGAAGACAGAUUAGCAGAAUCUGAGAGACAAAGAAAAUCGUUACAAGCAGAAUUACAAGACUUGGUCGAAAGCAAAGACGAUGUUGGCAAAAACGUACACGACCUUGAAAAAGGUAAACGAAUGCUGGAACAACAACUCACCGAACUAAAAACAUCUCUUGAAGAGUUGGAAGAUGAGUUGCAAGCAACUGAGGACGCCAAGUUAAGAUUGGAAGUAAACAUGCAAGCGCAAAAAUCACAGUUCGAAAGAGAUAUUGCUGCUAAGGAUGACGCCAUCGAAGAAGGCCGACGUGGUAUAGUCAAACAAUUGCGUGAACUAGAGCAAGAGCUCGAAGAAGAGCGUAAAGCACGACAAGCAGCCGCAGCUGCGAAAAGAAAGCUUGAAGGUGAGCUUAAAGAAAUGGAGAACCAAUUGGAACAAGCCAAUCGCAUCAAGGAGGAUGGCUUGAAACAGUUGAAGAAGUACCAGAACCAACUGAAAGACGUCCAACGUGACUUGGAUGAUGCUAGACAGUCACGCGAUGAUCUUGCUGCUCAAGUCAAGGAGAAUGAAAAGAAACUUAAGGCCUUGGAAGCUGACUUCUUGCAAAUGCAAGAAGAUCUCGGUGCAGCAGAACGAGCGCGACGUGCUAUUGAGACUGAAAGAGAUGAGUUGUUAGAAGAAUUGAAUAACAACACUGCUGCAAAGAACGCUGUAGCAGAAGAACGGAAGAGAUACGAGGCACAAUUGGCUGCACUUGAAGAAGAAUUAGAAGAAGAAAAAACACAGACAGAACUUAUGCAAGACAAGGUAAAACGAAGCAAUCUUCAACUGGAGCAACUUCAAGCUGAAUUAAACUCUGAAAGGGCUGCUGCUCAACAGCUCGAUAACUCUCGUUUGACACUUGAACGACAAAAUAAAGAUUUACAAGGAAAACUCGCCGACUUGGAAUCAAGCUUGAGAUCACGCAACAAAACCACUGUGGCGACACUCGAAAGCAAAAUCAACAACCUCGAAAUUCAACUUGACCAGGAAGCCAAAGAGCGUCAACAACUCAACAAAGCACUCCGAAAGAGCGAGAAACGAAACAAAGACUUUCAAAUGCAGAUCGAAGAAGAACGAGCUCAUACUGAGUCGUACAAACAACAGGUCGAUAAAAUGAAUGCCCGUGUAAAGAAUAUGAAACGACAGUUGGAUGAAUCGGAAGAAGAAGUCACUCGUUUGAACAGCGCCAAAAGAAAACUACAAAGAGAUUUGGACGAAAAUAUUGAAACUCUGGAAUCAAGUCAACGUGAAGUUAAUCAACUUCGUCAAAGAAUGAAAGGUGGAGUCGGAGCACGAACCACAACAAGUCGACGUCGUGCUAAGGAUGAUGACGAUGAUGACGAUGAUGCCGCCGCCGAGUAAAAUUUGAUUUCACUAAAUCAUUCUCAUAACAUAGAAAACGUAUAUUUUUCAAAAUUUUUUCAUGCGAUUCUGUAAUCUUUUGUUUCGUUUUAAAUUAUUGAAGUUUGCGUAAACAUUUUACAGACCAGAAACUUUAAUUACCUUUGCAAUUUUUGUCCUGUCAUUUUUUAUUUGUUCUUAAUUUGUGUGAUUUUUGUUUGUAUGUUGUUGUUUAGUUUUGUUUUCAUUGUUAAUUUGUUCAGUUCUCGAAAUUUUUGAAGUAAUUUUUAAGAAGUUUUUAACGAGUUGGUUUGUUAAUGAACGCCUCCACGACAUUUUUGAUUGGAUAAAAAACGCCAUAUAAAGUGGUGGGAAGUAACCGAAGUCCAACUAUCUACUCAAAAAAAAAUAAUGUCGAGAGGGCGUUUAUACCAAAAAUAUUAUGAUUUGUCAGAAAUAGAAAAAUUUGUACUUUUUUCGUAAGAUUAUAUAUAAACAAUUUAA